AUGAAUUAUAUCACAGCAUUCGAUAUACGACUUAAUAAAGAUAUUUAUUAUAGUGGUGAAAAUGUAUCAGGCAAUGUUAUUCUUGAAAAUUCAAAAAAUAUUCUUAUCAAAGAUAUCCGUGUAAUUCUUCGUGGUAAAGCUCAUACACAUAUUAAAUCAAGCAAAAUAGGUGAAAGAUCUAUCAUUCAGGAUAAUCAAUAUAUAUUGAAUGAAAAAUUAAUUGUAUGGGAUCAAGAAAAAUCCGAUGAAAAACAUAAACGAUUACUAUUUAGUGGAUUGCACCAAUUUCCGUUUCAAUUUCUGUUACCACACUGUCCAAUGCCAUGUUCAUUGGAGAUGAAAUUUGGAACGAUACGUUAUUAUGUUAAGGUAAUCAUUAAUAUUCGACAUGGUAACAUGCCACAAGGUAUCAAAUAUUUCACAAUUAUUGGACCAUCUACAGAUUGUAUGGAUGAGAAAUAUUGUUGUGCAUUGCUUGGACAAAAUAAAGAAGUAACAUGGCAUGGAUGUUGUAGACGUAGUGCUUUAGCAUUAAGAGUUGUUAUGGAUCGUACAGCAUAUUUAUGUGGUGAAAAUGUAAGAAUUUUAGCACAUGUUGAAAAUCGGCAAGAUGAAAUAGUUUGGAUAGCAAUGCGCCUAACUCAGCAUGUGGAAUAUUUUGUGGAAAGGAAUGCUGGCGAAAACAAACGGAUUGAAUGCGUAGUUUUGGAAUGUAAGACAUUGCCCGUUCAACCGCAUACGCAAGGUAAAUUUGAUACAGCUCAACUGCAAUCGUUCGUCUUACCAGUCGUACCUCCAACAUUGAUCGGUGUUUGUAGAUUGCUACAGAUCUUCUACGUAUUCCAAGCUUGCUUAGAAGAUGAAAAAGGCAAUCAAUCAUUACAGAUGGAAUUUCCACUUACAAUUGCUACAUUACCAUUCGUGAAAGCAACAUUACCAAAACCUAUGCUUGAUUACGAUAUAUGUUGUCCAUAUGUAGAAGGUGGUCGUUAUAUUUCGACCAAAUUUCGUAUUAAUCAUAAAGAUGAUGAAGAAAAUUUAGAACAAUCAGUUGAUGAUAAUGUCGUUCUUUAUCGACCUUUUUAUGUUUGCAUUGCCAAACAAUAUGAUAUCAAUAAACAACAUCUUGGCCGUCAAAAAUCUCCAUCAAUGGUUAGCAGAAGUUUUGGAAUUAGAAAAUCUUCAUCAAUGAUUAGCAGAAGUGUUUCACAUUUGGCUGUUCCGAAAGCCGAGUAUUAUGUGGAGAAGGAAUCGAUGUCUGCUGAUGAUGAUGAUGAUGAUGAUGAUGAUGAUGAUGAUGAUGAUGAUGAUGAUGAUGAUGAUGAUGAUGAUGAUGACGAUGAUUACUAUUCUGAUAAAACUGAUUAUCAGAAACCCCAGAUAUCAUUUGAUCAAUGUUCCUCAUCAUCUUAUUAA